AUGGCUACAGUGACGUUUGACUUUGUGACUGCGGUUGCCCUACCUGCUUGGUGGAGCACACAUACCUGCCUUUCUGCACCUGACUCUUAUGCUCCUCUCUCAUUUGGCAGCUAUGGUGACAGGGUGGAGCACUUCAGGGUCCUGGAGGGCGGUGGUCAGUAUUACAUCUGGGAUAAGGCAUUCUGCUCCCUCAACCGUCUAGUGGAGUUCUACAGAGCACACAGCAUUGCCAUGGAGAAAGUGGUCCACCUCAGGGAUUACCCUUCCUCCCUUCACUUGAACUCACAUUUUGGACGCAACCCGUACCCCAACCCGUAUAACAGUAACUCGCUGGAGUCCAUUCACUCAGCCCAUUGCUGCCCUAACCCGUCUCCCAGAGACUGGCAGACCUCUGCACAUUCACUCAAACCAGUUUUAGAGCAGAAGCCUCGGGUGGCCCGUGCUCUCUGCGAUUACACCCCCUCCCAGACCACCCACCUCCACUUCCAGCGCGAUGAAAUCAUUGACCUGCUGGAUUGUUCCAGCUCCCUCAGCUGGAGGGGAUGCUGCCGCGGCAGAGUGGGCAUCUUUCCUCCAGAGUUGGUCCAACCACUGCUCCAUUAACUCCAUAUCAGAUAUUUGGUCUCUAUGAUGUUUAUGUUUCUGAUGCUUCUCAGUCAGGAUCGGUGGUGGUUCUUGCAUGAAUGAUAAAUUGGGCAGCCCCCUUCUUGCUAUCCCCCAGCCAGUGAAAAUGCAUUUCUGGGACAAGAUCAAAUGCAUUACAGUACCACAUAAGGUAUGUAAGAUAUUCUUCCUUUGCACAGCAGCAAGCACAUAAAUGCAAAUAGAAACUUUGUCCAAAGUGCUUGGACAGAUUUGUUUUUUAAUCUGGUGCUUGUGGUUACUCUUUCUACUGCUGCCAUGGGCCACUGCCCUGUGGCCAAGAUCAAAAAGCACCACUGGUCAGGAUAUACCCCACUGUCAACUGUUACACCUACAUUAACUUGACUCCAUUUCUUUGAAGGUGCAGGAUGAAGCUUUGAUAUAUAUAUAUAUAAAUAAAAAUCUUUUCACAUAUUUAUUAAAUAUUUAAAACACUGUUUCCAUGGUAUGA